GCCGCUGUGGCGCGUCUCUCAUAAUAACCCGCUGCGGUUGGACUCCGCCGGGGACGAUCAGAUUCGUUCUAUUAUUAUUAUAUACCUAAUAACUACCUAUUCGCGCUGGCUCUUGGUCAUGCAAAUUGAAUCUUGAAUCGCUUCAUACGAGGUGCUCAGUGCCUUUCUACUCUGCUCUGUUUGUGCGAGGUUUCUCCCUUCCCUCGCUGUCCCAUUCCGACUCACUCUCACGACGACUGCAAAUCGUCAUCGACCGUGGCUCCCGCAUUUAAAAUGAAACAUGCUCGAGGCUUGGUCUCGACCCUCCAGGCGUUUCGUUCCAUCUUCCUUACUCCCCUAGAGACCUUACGCCCUCAAUCUUUACGAUACAGACCGAUUCAAAGCCAAAGGCAGUCGAGAUUCAUCCAGAAUAGCUGUCCCCGACCUUUCGCACACUCCCGAGCCCUCUUUGCGGAGACGAAGCCAAAAGCGCUACAGGAUGAAGACAUUCGUUCAGAGAUUGUACAGAUUGCCGCAGACGACGGAAAACUCGGCGCCCCCCAGCGACUGAAGGACGUCCUGGGAUCGAUAGACCGUUCUCAAUACUUUGUCUUACAAGUAUCUCCGGGCGCCUCCAGACAACCACCCGUCUGCAAAAUCUUCAGCAAACGAGCUGUACGUGAAUAUAUUCGUUCCAAGGAAAAGGCGGCCCAUGCUACAAAAACUGCCGCCAAGCAAAUCGAAUUGAAUUGGGCUAUUGAUAGCCACGACCUUGCCCACCGCUUGAAGCAGUUGUCGGACUUUCUGGAGAAAGGACGGAAGGUCGAGAUCAUCCUGACGAGGAAGAAGGGAAAGAGAGCUCCGACUCCGGAUGAGAUCAAACACGUUAUGACGAGUGUGACGGAGACGACACAGAAGGCGAAUGCCAUACUGGUCAAGCCGGUUGAGGGAGAACCGGGCCAUCGUGUGCAGAUGGUAGUGAAGAAGAAGGAUGAUUAAUGGGAUCAGUGUCUCAUAAUAAUACGGACUAUGUACUAUAUUUUCCUGUACGGAGACAUCGAAUUACUGUAAAUAGCAUUUGGAUGAACAUACUUACUGGUCGUAUGCAUAAAUUAACAUGGUGGAAUGCCCCGGACGUGAUUGGGGAGGCCGAGCUGACUCAGCAGGCUUCCUAAAAAUUUCGGGUCCGGAGAUUCUCCAAGUUCUCUCUCGACUUCGCCCGAA